AUGGUUGAGGCUGAAAGAGAAAUAAGGCUCAGCUGGCUGUACUGCCAAGAUUACUCAAUAAAAUUAGGGAGCGAUACAAAGGAGCUAAAGGAAAAUAUAGAAAAUGCUACAGGGAUUCCUAUAGAUCUUCAAAUAAUUCAGCUUGAUAAAGCUACCUUUGAAGGAGAAAAUCUUUACGAAGCAAUUUUACAAAAACAAUUUUCAAGUUUGAGGGUUUUAAGUAAUGACCCAGAAUUUAUUGAAUACAAUAAUAAGAAUGAAGGGAUCUCUUUUGAGCGCGACGAAAAUAAUGAUCUACCAGUUGAAAGUAUGCCAUCAGAAGAAUCCAAAGAAGUUGAACUUAUCAUAAUAGUUAAAAAAGAGAAAAAUAUGAUCACUAUAAAUGAUUCAUGCACUAUUUUAGACUUAAAAUACGAAAUUGAAAAAAAAUUAAAAAUUGCUUUUGGCUACCAAAUCUUAUUUUACAAAGGAAUUGUACUUAGGAAUAAACAAAAAAUUCGGACACUGGAACUGAAAAACCCAAUAAAGCUAAUGAAAAGAUUAACAGGGGAAAAAUUUGAUAUUGAUAAAGUGCUUAAUUUGAAAAUUUUAAAUGAGAAUCCAUUUACACUUAUGGUGCCUCCUACAAUUGCUAUUGAAGCUGUCAAAACAGUUAUAUUCAAUAAAAAAGAAAUCGAGCAAAAUUCCCAGUCUCUAUAUUUCGAGGGGAGGCUGCUAGAAGACAAUGAAAUUUUAAAAACAAUUUUUCAAAGCUCUGAACCAGAAUUGGCCUUAAUUACCAGACAAAUAGGCUGUGGGGUAAAAAAGAAACAAGCACUUGCAGUUGAUUUGCGAACUAAACAAAAAUCUUCUGAUAGGCCAAAUGAGUACAUAAAGCCUGUAACUCGCAUUUUCAAUAUAUUUAUUCAAUGCAUAAAUAAAUGUGAAGAAACCAAAGAUAUUCGGUUUGACGAAGGACUUGUAAUUGGGCGUGAAGAUUUUCCAUUGAUUUGUAGAUGUGGCUCACCAGUAAACGUUGAUAUUGUUGUUCAUGAAGCGUGCUGAAAGUUUUUUGGAAUUAAAAAUGGAAAUAGAAUUAUUCUUAAUAGUCGCAGAUCCGAAGGGGAUAAUCCAACGUUUAUUUUAUACGAAAAUAAGCAGAUAAGUGAUUUAAGCAGUUUUUCAGAGUUCAGGUUUGAGGUUAAAAAGAGCCGAGCUUCUAAAUCAUAA